AUAUUCCUAUAUCAAUGACAUUGUAAUAGAACUAUAUCAUAUCUACAUUUUGUCGUUGUUUUCAGAAAAUCGUGCUGGUCCCUCGAAUCUUGGCAAUGUCAUUAGCCAAAUAUUACUGUGCAAACAAAUAACACCGGAUUUCAAUCAAGAAGAGCUGUGUAGUAUUACAAAGGAUUCACAGGAUAUCGCAUUGUUACUAUCGGAAAUGCAAGAGUUCAUGCCAAAACAUGAAACAUAUCUGGAACGCCAUACAGCACUGGAUACCAAUGGACCUUGGGCAAAUAAAGGACGCCACAAUUACAUUUGCAAAAAUAUGAGUUUAUUUUGCUGUGUCUCUCGACCAAAUUAUCUCUGAAAGUAAAUUGUAAGCCAUCAUCAGUACCAGUAGCAUCACCACAAUCAGCCACAAUGACCAU